AUGCCAUCUUUUGGAAGACUUCAAGCCGCGCUGGCUUCUGCAACAAACGAAUUGACGCUUGCAGCAGCGAACAUCAAUUUUGACUUUACACUAGUUAGAUGUGAAGUACCGAAAGAAUUCGAACCUCUAGGCAGCGCUCUAUCCCAAACUCGAAAGGAAAAUGCAGAAGGCGGGACAGCGCAUAUAACUGCUCGCAGGCUAGGUGUGCUUUUCGAGGGUAUACUUGGACCUACACCUGCUCUUGUCAAAUCAUAUGGCACUCGGGUCUCUGAGAUCGCUCAGGCUGUCCAGAAGGAAAACCCACCUGAGAUUGAGGAGAGCAUAUUUGCACCCCAUGCUGGCGCAGAUGGCACCUCUAUCUGGGCUGCAGCAACAUCGUCCUCAACGGCAUUGCAUGUGCAGCUUCUUGCCUGUAUGCUGGCUCGUCUCUGGUCAGCUCCGGAAACGAUAUCAAUAUGGGUUGAGCUUAUCAAGGAAAGGAGGAAACAGAUCGAAGGCCUAUGGAACGAUGAUGAGCCUCUUAGAUUCGCCACUGUUGCUGCCGCAGCUCAGUCAGACAUAUCUCGCGCUAGCCUAGCUGAGUGGGACGCAAGUGUUCGCUCUUGGCUUCGAACAGCGGACCGUUUCAAUCAGGAGCGGCAGGACAAGCUGAUGAUUCUUCUUGACAAAGUCAAUUCUGAUAUAACUGUCGGAGGAUCAGAUGCGACGCCUCUCCAGUUCUCAGAUCCGCUUGUCCAGCCUGGUGGGUUCCUGACCCUGGGGCUCGCUCGUCCACGCGAAGGUGACACCCAUGGUGUUUUCUGGUCCUUAUCGCUGGCACAUCUGAACUUUUACGGUCGCCCCGUCUCCAGGAAGGCUAGGUUUGACACUGAGUCUCGCAAGUUAUCCUUUGACCAGUUCACACAAGCGGUGUACGGUUCGCUUCUGGGACACUGGAAUCUCACGGGGCCUUUGACGCAAUACCCGUCUCGAAUCUUUGUUGCGAUGAAAAGGACGAUAGAACGACAGGUAUCUGCUGACACACCUAUAGCGGUGGCCGAAGAGUCGCGAGAUCCUUCUUCCCCUAUCAAUAUUCUCUCCAAAUUAGGAGCCGCCCACCUAGACGCGCAGCCUUUCCCAGAUGAUAUCAUCCAUAAACUCUUUGCUCUGGGCAACAGACGUGCAUCUAAGUUCAUUCCAUCCACGGGAUUGAGGCCUUUCCUUGGCUUUGGCGAUGUUGGAGAUCUUCUGAGUAAACUCAAAGGCCCAAUGCAAAGAGUUGCCCUGCUUCGCCGGCUAGCUCUCUCAAGUGAUUAUGAUCCCGAUGCAUUCAUUAUCCGUUACUUUGAUGAGGACUUGGCAGUAGUGAAUCCAGCUGUAAAGGGUCGGUAUUGUGCGUUUGCCAGUGCACAAGCCCGCCGCAACCCAGACGGUGUUUCAUCAACACAUGGCCAAUGGGUUCCCAGAUGCUUUAUGCGUAAGCAUCAAUAUCCAGGAGAAGUGGUUACCGAGAUGACGGACUUUGACACCUUCCGCCUGAGUUCGGAGGGCAAGGUAAUCGCUAUGACAGCGACGAGGCCGACCGGAGAGGUAGUCGCCCAGGACUUCCAUUUUGUUUGUGGUACAGAACAUAGUGCCGCCAUUUACAUGCAGGAGACAGCAAUUGAACGCCGUCGCAUACUUCGCCCUGCCAUAAGAUCUUUAAGUAUAGAAGACAUCAAAUGGUGUUUGGACUCCGAUUUCUGCGAACCAGGAAAGCUGCUUGAUAUCUUUUAUGUUGACCUGGCACCUUCAAAUUUGACCUUGAGAGCACUCACCAUAGCUCAUAAGGUUUACCAAACGCUUCCGGACGCGGCUAUAUCUACUCGUUCUUUAGAGUCACCUUUAUAUCAAGCCAAGUGGGCGAAGUCUUUGCUAGAUAUAAGGGGAGGCUUAGAUCCCCUCCGCAACAUCAACUCUCGCUAUCAGCAACUAGCUCUGAGCCUCACUAAUUCAUUAUCAUGUGUAGCAUAUUUAGAAGGUGGAUUUGACUUGGAGCCAGAAAUUUUAGAGCGAACUUUCGCUCUUGCUUUUGAAGAAAGCAUCUACUUCUCCAUGAAGGCAUGA